AUGGAAAAAAUAGAAGAUUGUAUUGUAGAAUUUAUAUGGAAUUAUUCACCUGUUUCAUUAGUUAAUAUUGGAAAAAUGAAAUUAUUAAAAAGAUGUAAAAUUGAUAUUGGAAGACAAAAGUUUGAUAUAAAUUCCGUUUUUAGUAAUAAACAACAACAUUUAAAAAUUCUUCGAUUAAGUAAUAUUGGUAAUUACAAAGAAAUAGAAGAAUUUAAGGAGUAUAAAAAUAUUGAAAGAGUUAUUAUUGAAAUUGAUGAUGAUACAAAAGAAGAGUAUAUUGAACAAAUGAGUAAAUAUGCAGUAUUAGUAUCUGAUCAAUGGUAUAGUCAAUUAAAUAAAAAUGUUAUUGUAAUGAUGGAUAAAAAAUUUCAUUUACAAAUUAAAGAGAAACCAAAUGUAGAAACAUUAGAAUUUAUGCAACAAAAUUAUUUACCUUAUAAAAUGAUUAUUGAUGCAGAUUAUUAUGAUGGAAUUCAAAACCAAUUUAAAUUAUUUGAUAAUGUUAUGAAAUUAACUUUAAAUGUUGAAAUAGAUCCUCAAGAAGAAGUAGAUCAAGACGAUAUUAUGCAAAGAAGAAUGGAUAGAAUUAAUGGUAUUGAACGUUCAGAUGAUGAUGAUUUUGUUGAUGAAACAGAAGAACAAAAAGAAGAAAGAGAACGUCUUCAUAAAUUAGAAAUAGAAAGAAGAAAACAUUCAAUAAUGCUUCCUCAACAUUUAACCUCAAUAACUAUUAAUGAUAUGACACCAUAUUUUCAUCAAACAUUAUCAAUUACACUUAAAGAAUUAACUACAAGUAAUAUUCCUAUUGAUUUUAUUUAUCAAUUAACUUAUUUAACAAAAAUUAAUAUUUCAAAUACACAUAUAACCCAAUCUCUUAAGAGUUUAGAAAAAUUAAUAGAUAUAACUUUUAAUUUAUGUGUCGAUGAAUGUUCAGAAUUUAUUUGUCCUCAUUCUGUUGAAUGUUUAAAAUUAUAUAAUUGUAGAAAUUGGAAAUUUCAAGAAUUAAGUCAUUUAAAAUUAUUAGAUAAACUUAUGAUUUAUGAUGCUCGUCCAAAUGUAUUAUCAGCACUACAAUUAAAUGAAGCUACUUCAGUUAAAAAAUUAUAUUUAAAUAAUGUAAUUACUGCUUCAAUGCCAACUUCAUUAACUUGUUUAAUCAUUGGAUCUGCAGGAAAUAAGGCUAUUGAUAUGACAAAGUAUCCUCAAUUAAAAGAUGUUUGUAUUGAAAAUUCAAAUCAAGUUAGAGUUAAGUUACCAUUGUCUAUUAAAUCUUUAUAUCUUUAUUGUUCUUCUAUUAGGAUUUUUAAUAAAAAUGAUAUUCAAUUAAAAGAACUUCAUUUAGAAGAUUGUGAAGAUAUUAAUUUUGAAUCAUUUAAUUUGAAUCAUGUCACUAAACUCUCUUUAUUACCAUUUGAUGAGGAAUACUUAGAAUACUUAGAACAAUUCCCUGUGUUAGAAGAAAAGAAUUUUAAUUAA